ACAAAGGUUAGACAAGCUUUUUGGCUUCGGCUCAGAAAGGCGGUCCAUAAAUUCAAAAUUCACUGUCAGCAUACACCCAUAGAUAAACCAGGAUAUUCUCACACUAUCCACACAUGUAGUUUGCUACAUAUCAGAGGAAUUCAUUGAGGAACUCUGACAAUGGCCCAGAUAAUUGACAGCGAGGUUUUCCUGGCCUUCUCCACUUAUGCCACCAUUGUCAUUCUCAAGAUGAUGUUCAUGAGUUUUUUAACGGCAUACUUCAGAUUUACCAGAAAGGCUUUUGCAAACGAUGAAGAUGUUCGUACGGCCAAAACUCCUGAGGAGAAGAAAAAGAUGCUACGGGUCAAUGAAGAUGUGGAACGGGUUCGAAGAUGCCAUCUGAACGACCUGGAGAACAUUAUUCCCUUUGUAAUAAUUGGCUUGCUCUACACUCUGACAGGACCAGAGCUUUCCUCAGCUGUGCUCCACUUCCGCCUGUUUGUAGGGUCACGUUUUGUUCACACAGUAGCAUAUGUACUGGCACUGCCUCAGCCCAGUAGGGGUCUGUCCUGGCUGGUGGGAAUGGUCGUUACUUUAUGCAUGGCCUACCAGGUUCUAACUGUUACACUGCGGCUGUAGGAAGAAUCCCCUGAGCAACAUUAUCAGACAGUAGACCUCCCUCAUGUCUUAUCCAUUUAUCACUUUUUGGUGCAGCACUGUAUAAAUUUUGAUUUGAAAAUAAAUGUGUUUAUAAAGACUAUACAAUAACAUUAAAUGUUAACUCUAUUUUAGUCCCUUCACUUCAUAUUGACCUGGAACUUUUUCAUGAUUGUAAUCUUUUGUCCAAACUAGGGGGAUUAGGGGAUUAUUAUUGCAGUUAACUUUUCUUUUUUUUUUUUUUUUUUUUUCUUUCUGUGAAUUUUAAUUUAAAUUUUCUGUGAAUUCAUGAAUGAAAUUCCAGUCCAUUUCCGUUUCAGGUUGUACAGUAACACUAAACAAAAUGUAAAAACUAUAUGAUCUAUCGGCUACAGUAACACACCACACAUCUAUUUGAAUGUUUUAUAGUGAUUAGAUUGAGGAAAAAAAUUCAUUCACUUUGAGGAGAUGCAAUAUUAAAUAUGGAACUAAAAUGUCAUAAAUGAUUUCAUAUUCCAGCCCUCAUUUAUGACUGGGAGGGAGAGUUUGUAUCUCAUUUCUAAACAUGAUAUAAAUAUACUCAGAUAUCUUAUGUCUGCCCUUUGACCUCAAAGCCCCUUUGUAUUCCCUGAGCAGCCUUUAUAAUCAUUCAGAUAGAUUACUGUACUAUACAGUAUUGUAAGAAAAGCGAUAAGCACUGUAACAUUAAUAGUAAACAACAAAGAAAAAAUAAUCUGCAUACUCUAGAGAGCAGGUUAAUAUAGUGAUGGUCAGAUUUCUCAGAAUAUCUUGGAACCCAACUCUUGCAACUCUAAAUUAACACUUUUUUUUCUCAAUAAAUGAAUAUUCUUAACUAUCUUGCUAUUAUCAGUUGUUAUUGAAAAACAUCAAAUAAAAUCCAAUAUCAAUUUUAA